CAUUAACCACACCUCAUAAACGUCCUCUCAAACAGCUUCUACAAAAGUCACAACAUAUCCAUUUUCUCACUGAAUGACACUGAGAUCAGUUACGGACUGAACUUUGAACCUGCUUGAAGUAACUGCGGGAUGGCCAAGCGCCCAUGUUGUGGUCCUGGCUACAAGAGCCCCCUGGAUGCCAUGAAGGGGCCUCGGGAGAAGAUUGUGUAUUUGCCUUGCAUCUAUCGUAACACAGACAUCGAGAAACCAGAUUACCUGGCCACAGUAGAUGUGGAUCCCAAGUCCACCACCUACUGUCAGGUCAUCCACAGGCUGCCCAUGCCCAACAGGAAGGAUGAGCUCCACCACUCUGGCUGGAACGCCUGCAGCAGCUGUUUCAGUGACUCCUCUAAGAGGCGCAAUCGCCUCAUCCUGCCUGCUCUCAUCUCCUCGCGGAUCUAUGUUGUGGAUGUGGGAACAACCCCCCGUGCUCCACGAAUGCACAAGGUAGUGGAGCCCACAGAACUUUUCUGGAAGUGUAACUUGGCCAACCCCCACACUACACAUUGCUUGGCCAAUGGCCAGAUCAUGAUCAGCUGCAUCGGAGACCCCUCUGGCAAUGGCAAAGGAGGAUUUGCCUUGCUGGACGGUGAAACGUUUGAAGUGGUGGGUAACUGGGAACUUCCUGGGGAGGCUGCACCUUUUGGCUACGACUUCUGGUACCAACCUAGACACAAUGUCAUGAUGAGCAGUGAGUGGGCCGCUCCCAAAGCUCUCGCCAACGGCUUCAACCCGGAACAUGUCAAAGAAGGUCACUAUGGCUCUUCCAUCCACGUGUGGGACUGGACCACCCAUAAGAAGCUGCAGACCCUGGACCUGGGGGAGGAGGGCUUGGUCCCCCUCGAGAUCCGUUUCCUGCAUGACCCUGCUGCUGCCGAGGGCUAUGUGGGCUGUGCUCUAUCAAGUACCGUCUUCCACUUCUUCAGGACUGAGAAAGGGGACUGGGAUGCAGAGAAGGUCAUCAAGGUUCCCAGCAAGAAAGUGGAAGGAUGGGUCUUACCUGAAAUGCCAGGUCUGAUUACAGAUAUCCUGAUCUCUCUUGAUGACCGCUUCAUGUACUUCAGUAAUUGGCUGCAUGGAGAUGUAAGACAGUAUGACAUCACAGACAGGAUGAACCCUCGUAUGACUGGCCAGGUCUUUCUGGGUGGCAGCAUCUUGAACGACGGGCCAGUCAAAGUCCUGGAGGAUCCAGAGGACCAGAGCCAGCCUGCUCCACGCAUCAUCAAGGGGAAAAGGGUGCAGGGGAGCCCACAGAUGUUACAGCUGAGUCUGGAUGGGAAGAGGCUAUAUGUGACCACAUCUCUCUACAGCGCAUGGGACAAGCAGUUCUACCCCAAAAUGAUUAAGGAGGGCUCUGUUAUGAUGCAGAUGGACGUAGACACAGCCAAUGGUGGCCUCAAGCUUAACAAAAACUUCCUGGUUGACUUUGGGAAAGAACCUGGAGGUCCUGUGUUAGCCCACGAGCUCCGAUACCCCGGUGGAGACUGCACCUCUGACAUUUGGUUGUAAUAGGCGUAACCACCCCAGAUUGUUACGGUGGCCUCUAUUUACCAAAUCUCUUGAAAAGGGUAGAGGGUGUGAUAGGAGAAGCUUAAUAGAAACUUCCAAGCUGGGUAGGGUAGCCUGUCUGUUUCAGCCAUGAUUCGUACAGCCACUAUUCUAGGGCCGCUUCAUAUAUAUAUAUAUAUAUAUAUAUAUAUAUAUAUAUAUAUCUUGCUUCGAGCAUACAUUCCAAGUAACCGUGUAAUACGUGUUGUAGCCCAUGUCUCCACCAGGAAAUACUGAGUGAAUAUGAACAUGACACACUCAUGUAAACGUGUCUUUUGUAGUUGUAUGACAGGUCACAAAGAGCUGUUUCAUGAAAAUCAAAUGAAUGAUGUGACUAAAGCAAACAUGUUUUCUUUUUUCAAAGCACUUAUAACUACAGCUGACUUUCUAUAUAAUCAAUUAGUGCAUAUUUUAACUGUGGUCUAAUUGUCAUUUGAAGGAAACUGGUUAUUUUGCAAUGUUUAAUAAAAGGGUUGCAGCUGAUAUUU